UCAAUACGAAAGUACAAGUAAACAGAAAGGUGUAUGAAUGAGCAUUCAUAUCUAUCUUUUAAACAAAUGAAAUGUUUUCAAAAAUAACAUAGCAAAAUUCGUUUGCGUAAAAUAAAGCAAUAAAAACGUAAAGCUGUUUUGAAAUGGAUUCAAGCCAUCAAAUUAAUGUACCUCUGCGGUCCGGAGGCAAAAAAAUUCGAAAACGGCGGGAGCUUGAUGCUCUCAUAGCACAUUCCUUCGGGAAAAAACAACUUAUCCGGCGAACUACUUUAAACAGACUCUCGCAAGACAAAUUAUUAUCUGUAUCAACCGAUGAUGCCGAAGAUUAUACUUGUGUACAAAUGAACAGACCGAAAAACAACUGCAGCACAAACCGUUGUCACAAUCGUAAAUAUAUGCUUUGCAAACCCUUGCUUCUUUUCAUGGCAAGUAUGUUAUUAAUAGGAAUUUUUUAUUGGAUGUAUUUGGACUUACGACGGGAGAUAUAUGAUUACAGACAAAAAAUUGAAGAAGUUGCCGUCAUGAACCAGGACUUACCAGAUACCCUUCAGAACUGGCACGAAAUAUCAACAUUGUUGGAAAAAAAUCAAACCGCUGCUACAAUUCGACUAAAUGAAUUGGAACGAACGAUGGAAAUGUUAAGAAUAAAUUUCACGAAAUAUAGAGCUUCUGCAGAUGUUCAGCAAAAUUACGCCAAAGAACAAAAAUUAGUAGCUGACUUUGGAGCGAAAAUUGAAUCAGUGGUAACUGAUAUGGAAAGCAUUAAAGAUCAUUAUGCCAACGUGCUUAACAAACAAACAAAGAUGCAAACUGACUUAAAUGAUCUGAAUGGAAAAGUAAUGGACGCACAAGAAAAAGUAGUACAUGUUGGCGAAAUCUUAUCCAAUUUUUCGAAAGAGGAAGUUUUCAUAAAGUCGUACCUGAGGAAUGAUUCCGUCCGCCUUCUCGACUUAAUGGAUGGUCUAAAUCUAACCUUCACACAGAAAUGGAACGCACUUCAUAAAAACAUUGAAAGCAAUAAGUUACAACUUAUAGAGCUUUUGAGUAGUGUAACAAAUGUGACAAAACACUUUGCUUCAAUGGAAAACAAUUGGGAAGAUUACAAAACAAAAAUCAAAGACUACCAGGGCCUUAUGCACCGCAUUGAAAAUGAUGUUUCCAAUUUAAAACUCAAAUCACGGACUAUUGAUCAAUCUAUUGCCGACAUGCACACUACGUGUAACAACAGCAAUGAAACGCUUACGAAUCCACGGAAAAUAUCUAAUGAUGAGUAUAAUCAAAAAAACACCACAACGAGCCAAGAAAGAAAAGAAGUGAUACAGAUUCAUUGAUAAGGGGUACUAUAUUUAGUAUGCAUAUGUUAAAAUUAAAUUGAAAUCAUUAAGUUGCCAUUGAAAGUAUUAUUUAAAACAAGAAAAUGUCAAAGGGGCAUGUCAGAAAUUCUAACUGUAAGCCUAAAAUAAAAUUAGUAUGUUUACCUACAAUUUAGUCGUACUCUUUUAGUUAGUUCGAAAGCAGGAUAAGUUCCCGUUAAAAUGAGCUAUUGGACGAUAUUUCCGACGUCAGCCCACUGCAUCCCUUUCCUAUUGUUUAGAACCAAUAUUUGUUUCAACAAAACGCUUGAAGAGUCAGAUUUGAAUAUGCGAACAAUCUUUAGUCCUAAAGUUGCAAAUUUAGUACAUUGCUUCUGUUGGAUAAAUCCGUCCUCAUUUCCAUUUGGUGGGCACAGUGAUAUAAAAGUUAAACAUUUUGAAACGCACGAAUGCUGUGACAGCAAACAGUUAUUUAUUAUAAUUAAUUUUUUAGUUUCCUUUAUAUAAGAAGACGGAAGUCCUAAAUUUACCCAAAGUCUAAAUUUCGCUGAGCGGCUAAAUUGCUUAAUAGACGCCUUGGUGGGAUCUGCAUAUACCUACAAUAAUAUUUCAAUGGAGACCCUGUACAAGCCCAUAUUUAACCCUACCGUAUUAUCAAGUUACAAGGUUUUGAACUAACUAAAAGAGAGUAAUUUUUAUUGUAGGUAAUUUUCGCAUUUUUUGGCGUUUAUUUGCUUCGGUCUUCAGCUUUAUGCACAAAUUUAUUGUAUAUUGUAUAUAUUAUAUAAUAUUUAUUGAGAUUUCAUGUGCCAUGUGGCAACUGAAAUCGAUUUCAAAAAAUGUGGUUGAAGAAUGUCUUAAUGAUUGGAUUAUUU